ACAGGUACCAAGACAAGGUGGAAGCUGGCCAGAGAGGGCAGACACCGAGAACUUUCACAAGAGUUGCCACAAACCUUACUCAGCCUGUCUUCUCACAAGACAGCAGACCCUGCUGUUGGUUGGUGUGUUGACGCUGGCUCCCUAUAAAGAAUGGAGUUAAGUCUAGGAAAACAGGAAUCCCAGUCCUUCAGUGUGUACCUCUUACUCUACACUCUUGGGCCAAUUUGCAUUUGUAAGAGUGGCUACUAGGGAUGGGGCGGUGCUCUGCAAAGGGGGGCUUCAGCCUGACUUUGUAAAGCGUUUCUAGAAUAGAGUGGAUAGGAACUGACUAAAGUCCCAGGGACUCAAACACUGACGCACAGGAAAGCCUCAAGUGGGUGGAGAAAUGCAAAUCCCCUAGAGGAAUGGCGUCAGCGGCUGUGGACCCUGAAGGCCGAUUCUGACUUUGGACCUGUGCAGUGCCACUACCUGGACGGAGAGAGAGCGAGCCAGCAUGUCUCAGUGGAAUCAAGUCCAACAAUUAGAAAUCAAGUUUUUGGAGCAAGUAGAUCAGUUCUAUGAUGACAACUUUCCUAUGGAAAUCCGGCAUCUGCUAGCUCAGUGGAUUGAGACUCAAGACUGGGAAGUAGCUUCUAACAAUGAAACUAUGGCAACAAUUCUGCUUCAAAACUUACUAAUACAAUUGGAUGAACAGUUGGGGCGGGUUUCCAAAGAAAAAAAUCUGCUAUUGAUUCACAAUCUAAAGAGAAUUAGAAAAGUCCUUCAGGGCAAGUUUCAUGGAAAUCCAAUGCAUGUAGCUGUGGUAAUUUCAAAUUGCUUAAGGGAAGAGAGGAGAAUAUUGGCUGCAGCCAACAUGCCUAUCCAGGGACCUCUGGAGAAAUCCUUACAGAGUUCUUCAGUUUCCGAAAGACAAAGAAAUGUGGAACACAAAGUGUCUGCCAUUAAAAACAGUGUGCAGAUGACAGAACAAGAUACCAAAUACUUAGAAGACCUGCAAGAUGAGUUUGACUACAGGUAUAAAACAAUUCAGACAAUGGAUCAGGGUGACAAGAACAGUAUCCUGGUGAACCAGGAAGUUUUGACACUGCAAGAAAUGCUUAAUAGUCUGGACUUCAAGAGAAAGGAAGCACUCAGUAAGAUGACACAGAUAGUGAAUGAGACAGACCUGCUCAUGAACAGCAUGCUUCUAGAAGAGCUGCAGGACUGGAAGAAGCGGCAGCAGAUUGCCUGCAUUGGUGGCCCGCUCCACAACGGGCUGGACCAGCUUCAGAACUGCUUUACCCUACUGGCAGAGAGUCUUUUCCAACUCAGACAGCAACUGGAGAAACUACAGGAGCAAUCUACCAAAAUGACCUAUGAAGGGGAUCCCAUCCCUGCUCAAAGAGCACACCUGCUGGAAAGAGCUACCUUCCUGAUCUACAAUCUUUUCAAGAACUCAUUUGUGGUCGAGCGACAGCCAUGCAUGCCAACGCACCCUCAGAGGCCGAUGGUACUUAAAACCCUCAUUCAGUUCACUGUAAAACUGAGAUUACUAAUAAAAUUGCCAGAACUAAACUAUCAGGUGAAAGUAAAGGCGUCCAUUGACAAGAAUGUUUCAACUCUAAGCAAUAGAAGAUUUGUGCUUUGUGGAACUCACGUCAAAGCUAUGUCCAGUGAGGAAUCUUCCAAUGGGAGCCUCUCAGUGGAGUUUAGACAUUUGCAACCCAAGGAGAUGAAGUGCAGUACUGGGAGUAAAGGAAACGAGGGCUGCCACAUGGUGACGGAGGAGUUGCAUUCCAUAACCUUUGAGACCCAGAUCUGCCUCUAUGGCCUCACCAUUAACCUAGAGACCAGCUCAUUACCUGUCGUGAUGAUUUCUAAUGUCAGUCAACUACCUAAUGCAUGGGCAUCCAUCAUUUGGUACAAUGUGUCAACUAAUGACUCCCAGAACUUGGUUUUCUUUAAUAACCCUCCAUCUGUCACUUUGGGCCAACUCCUGGAAGUGAUGAGCUGGCAAUUUUCAUCCUAUGUCGGUCGUGGCCUUAAUUCAGAGCAGCUCAACAUGCUAGCAGAGAAGCUCACAGUUCAGUCUAACUACAAUGAUGGUCACCUCACCUGGGCCAAGUUCUGCAAGGAACAUUUGCCUGGCAAAACAUUUACCUUCUGGACUUGGCUUGAAGCAAUAUUGGACCUAAUUAAAAAACAUAUACUUCCCCUCUGGAUUGAUGGGUACAUCAUGGGAUUUGUUAGCAAAGAGAAGGAACGGCUUCUGCUCAAAGAUAAAAUGCCUGGGACAUUUUUGUUAAGAUUCAGUGAGAGCCAUCUUGGAGGGAUAACCUUCACCUGGGUGGACCAAUCUGAAAAUGGAGAAGUGAGAUUCCACUCUGUAGAACCCUACAACAAAGGGAGACUGUCGGCUCUGCCGUUCGCUGACAUCCUGCGAGACUACAAGGUUAUCAUGGCUGAAAACAUUCCUGAAAACCCUCUGAAGUACCUCUACCCUGACAUUCCCAAAGACAAAGCCUUUGGCAAACACUACAGCUCCCAGCCAUGCGAAGUUUCAAGACCAACCGAACGGGGAGACAAGGGUUACGUCCCCUCUGUUUUUAUCCCCAUUUCAACAAUCCGAAGUGAUUCCACGGAGCCACAAUCUCCUUCAGACCUUCUCCCCAUGUCUCCAAGUGCAUAUGCUGUGCUGAGAGAAAACCUGAGCCCAACAACAAUUGAAACUGCAAUGAAUUCCCCAUAUUCUGCUGAAUGACGGUGUAAAUGGACACUUCAAAGAAGGAAGCAGAUGAAACUGGAGACUGUUCUUUACCAUAGAUCACAAUUUAUUUCUUCGGCUUUGUAAAUACCAGUUUCUAGAAAAUGGUAGGAAGUUGGAAGCUCUCUUCUCACUUGGUGCCACUCCCAGCAAGGAGCGCUGUGACUAAAAUGCUAAAAAACCUGCAAGAAAAGACAGCUUUGAGAAACCAGUGUUGGUAACAAUAUAACAGAGGACUCCUUUGAAA